AUGGAUUGUCAUUUGUCAAUUGUCGUAAGUCAAAACAAAUUUUGAGGUUAGAAAUAGUGUUGGUUACUUGGUUAUUUUAUUUUAGAAAGCACCAAUUUGAUGUGAUAUUUUACGUUUAUUUAAAUAACUCAACACAGCUAUGAAGGUUAAGGUUGGUGACGUUGUUCUACCUGGAGAUUUCUGUGAAGAAAUCGUAACUGCUGGCGACAAAACUAAAAUUAUACUCGGACCAGGCUUAAAGAAAGAAGUUGACGGCAUUUAUGUUUCCAAAGCUGGCACAUUGAGGAAACGAGCUCCUAACACAUACUGGGUGGAUAGCUAUCAGAAGCGAUAUAUUCCAUCUCGCGGAGAAAAUGUUAUAGGGAUAGUUGUGCAAAAGGCGGGAGAUAUAUUCAGAGUCGACGUCGGCGGGAGUUGUACAGCAUCGUUAUCUUAUCUAUCGUUCGAAGGCGCUACGAAAAAAAACAGACCUAAAGUGGUGAUUGGAGAUGUAGUAUACGCUAAAAUGUUAGUAGCCAGCAAAGACAUGGAACCAGAAAUAGUUUGUGUCGAUUCUCACGGGAAGAAGGGACGCUUAGGAGUGCUGGAAGAUGGUUUCGUUUUCAAAUGCUCUUUGAACUUAAUCAGAAAGAUUUUAAACCCAGAUUGCCCCUUAAUCAACUCGUUAAAGAAUCAAUGGCCAUUUGAACUUGCAGCGGGCAUGAAUGGCCGAAUUUGGAUAAAGGCUAACACAUUAAGAGAAACUAUAGCUUUAGGGAAUGCAAUCUUGGGGUCUGAGUACCUGAGUAAUGAAGAGAUCAAAAGUAUGUGCACUAACAUUGCUGGGAUACUGGCUGGACAUAUUUCAUAACAUUGCAACACCACUGAAAAGAAAAAGAAAUAAUUGGACUUCUACAACCAUAGACACUAAAGUGACGUGCAGUUGUAGUGUUGAAUAAUUCAUUAGAGUUAUUGUUAAUUAUAUCUUGUUGAAACUGUCAAACACCGAGCAGUCACUGGUGACCGCAACCUAUUGUUCUUUAAUUGUGUCUAUAAUGACGGUACUCCACGAGUUAAUUUACAUACUAUUCAUUCUAACUUACUUUGGACUGUAGUACUUCACAGAUAAUUUUUUUAAUUGAUUAACUUUAUUAGAAUUAAAAUGCUAAAAUAAGAUAAACUAUAGUAAAUGUACUGUACAUACAUUUGACAUAAUUAUACCUUUACCUUUGUCUCGAAAGGAAUAAAUUAUUGAUAAGAUUACUUUUCA